GCCAGGGCGGGGCCAGGGCGGGGCCAGGCCUGCACCGGGCCAGGCAAGAUGGCGGCCAUGGAGACCCAGUUAGCACCGCUGACCCUAGAAUCGCUGCCCACCGAUCCCCUCCUCCUCAUCUUAUCCUUCUUGGACUACCGGGACCUAAUCAAUUGUUGCUAUGUCAGUCGAAGACUUAGCCAGCUAUCAAGUCAUGAUCCGCUGUGGAGAAGACAUUGCAAAAAAUACUGGCUGAUAUCUGAGGAAGAGAAAACACAGAAGAAUCAGUGUUGGAAAUCUCUCUUCAUAGAUACUUACUCUGAUGUAGGAAGAUACAUUGACCAUUAUGCUGCUAUUAAAAAGGCCUGGGAUGAUCUCAAGAAAUAUUUGGAGCCCAGAUGUCCUCGGAUGGUUUUAUCUCUGAAAGAGGGCGCUCGAGAGGAAGACCUAGAUGCUGUAGAAGCUCAGAUUGGUUGCAAGCUUCCUGAUGAUUAUCGAUGUUCAUAUCGUAUCCACAAUGGGCAGAAGUUGGUGGUUCCUGGGUUGUUGGGGAGUAUGGCGCUGUCCAACCACUAUCGUUCGGAGGAUUUGUUAGAUGUCGAUACAGCUGCUGGAGGCUUCCAGCAGAGACAGGGACUGAAGUACUGUCUCCCAUUAACUUUUUGCAUACAUACUGGUCUGAGUCAGUACAUAGCAGUGGAAGCUGCAGAGGGCCGAAACAAAAAUGAAGUUUUCUACCAGUGUCCAGACCAAAUGGCUCGGAAUCCAGCUGCUAUUGACAUGUUUAUCAUAGGUGCUACUUUUACCGACUGGUUUACUUCUUAUGUCAACAGUGUUGUAUCCGGUGGCUUCCCAAUCAUCAGAGACCAAAUUUUCAGGUACGUUCAUGAUCCAGAGUGCGUGGCAACAACUGGGGACAUAACCGUUUCAGUUUCUACAUCGUUUCUGCCAGAACUCAGCUCUGUCCACCCACCCCACUACUUCUUCACAUACCGAAUCAGGAUUGAAAUGUCAAAGGAUGCACUUCCUGAGAAGGCUUGUCAGUUGGACAGUCGUUAUUGGAGAAUAACAAAUGCUAAAGGUGAUGUAGAAGAAGUUCAAGGACCUGGAGUAGUUGGUGAAUUUCCAAUCAUCAGCCCAGGUCGGGUAUAUGAAUAUACAAGUUGUACCACAUUUUCUACAACAUCAGGAUAUAUGGAAGGAUAUUAUACCUUCCAUUUUCUUUACUUUAAAGACAAGAUCUUUAAUGUUGCUAUUCCCCGAUUCCAUAUGGCUUGUCCAACAUUCAGGGUGUCUAUAGCCCGAUUGGAGAUGGGUCCUGAUGAGUAUGAAGAGAUGGAAGAGGAGGAAGAGGAGGAGGAGGAAGACGAGGACGACGAUGACUCGGCGGACAUGGACGAGUCUGACGAGGAGGAUGAGGAAGAGAGGCGGAGGAGAGUCUUUGAUGUGCCCAUUCGCAGACGCCGCUGCUCUCGCCUUUUUUAGGGAGGCCGUCCUGAUGGAAGCGCCGGCAUGAAUCCAGUUGUUAAAGAGAUUUCCCAAUAAUGUAAAUAAUUAAAUUGUUCUCCACAUAUAGCCGGAAAACUAGCAUGAGAUAUUGUUCCAGGCCCUGGGUUCUAUGAGACACCACGUUAGGAACUGGAUUGUUUUGGUUUGCUUUGUGUUUUGAGGUAGAGGAGAAAAUGGGAAUCUUUUUUUCUUUCUCUCUCUUGUAGCAGUCAGAGGGAGAAUACUUCUCUAGCUAAAGAACAGACAUUUCUUAGUUUCACAAUAUUUUAUACUUCUACAAAUACGGAGAUGGGAGGGAAUUGUUUUGAGUAAGGAUUGAAAACGGUAGCAGAAAUACCUACACAAGGAGAGAGAGAAACUAUGAAUGAUUCUGUGAAAAGACUUCUUGCAGUUGUGACUUAUUUAGAAAUGAACAGAAUUUGUAAUUAGGCUAAUCCAUUGAGUGAUUCCUAUAUAUUUUGUACUCACAGGGAACUAACUAAAUAGCUUGAAUGCUAGUUGUUUGUCCUUUCUUAGACAAUCUAUCCUUGAAUUUGAAAUUUUCCUCACUACAACCUUGAACUUAAAGUCUUCAUCACUAUGACCUUGGCCUUGCAUUUAGUCUUCAACUCUGCCAACCUUUAAUUUAAAAUCUUCAACAUGACAACCUUGAAUUUAAUUUAAAGUCUUUUAACGCUAUGACCUUUAUCAUACUGUUCACAGAUGCAUCAUUUUUGAAAUGUAGUGUGUAAAAGUAUUGUGUUGUUUAUUAACAAGAGUCUUCACAAUGUCUCAUGUAGUCUGAAUUUGUAAAUACUGCUUCCUGUUUUGUUUUUCCUUUAUACACUUGACUGUCUAACUUUGUGAUAAGUGACAUGAAUUUUAUGUUAAGAUUAAGUAUGUUUUCCUGAAACAUGGAUUUUUUUUGUAAUUAUAUAAUUGAGAGUUUGGAAUGAAAUCCUCCAAGUGGCAAAAACUCACAUUUUAAAAACGAAUUUUGGUUCUGAUCCUG